AUAAAAAUUAAAAAUAUACAUUAUGCCUAGAGGCAAGAAUUCUGCGAGAAAAGAUCAGGGCAAGAAGAGAGGAAGAGGAAGACCAAAGGGAUCCAAGUCAAAGGGAAGAGGAGAGUCUCAAGAGGAAGGUUCUAAGAGAAAAAUCAGAUUUCAUCCAGGUACUGUUGCCUUGAGGGAGAUUAAGAGAUAUCAGAAGCAUUCUAAACCUCUAACUGCUAAAAUGCCUUUUGAAAGAAAAGUCAGAAGUGUAUUGAAUGAGCUUGACCCUGAUUUCAGACUCAAGCAAUCAUCAGUUGAGUGCAUGAGGGAAGCAACUGAGAUGUACCUCGUUGAGAUUUUGGGAGACUCCAACCUUUGUGCAAUCCAUGCUAAUAGAAUGACAGUUGGUGUCAAAGAUCUUCUAUUGGCAUAUAAGAUUAGAGGUGGCGACUCAAGAGCUUAUUAUUAAAGUCAGUACCAUCUAAGGAAAUAAAAAUAAAGCUAUGUAUAGUACUCUCAAAAGCUAAAUCCUGCACAUUUUUGCACAUUUUC